AUGGUACUUCUUGUGUUUAUUCUAGUCACAUUCCUUAUUGAUCGUUACAAAACAAUUGUAAUCCCUAAAGAUUUGUAUUUCCCUCGAUUCACCAGAGUCACGAAAACUCCUUAUUCUUCGGUCUUUAUAUUUCAUAGAUCUUCAUCGUAUUUUCCUUCAAUAGACCGUGUUAUAGAAUUUACUGAUUCGACUGGUCUUGUGGACAUUUGGCAUUCACUGAGCGAUGAAGAGCUCAUGGAGAAAGCAAUGAUGGUCCCGCGUAUAGCUGAAGAUCCAAAGAAAGUCGCUUUCAUGUUCUUGGCGAGGAGACAUUUGCCCUUAAGGUUAUUUUGGGAAAAGUUCUUUGAAGGGCAUGAUGGUCUUUUCUCGAUUUACCUUCACACAUCUCCCGAUUUCAACUACGAACCUCCAAACUCAUCGGUAUUUUAUAAACGAAGAAUCCCAAGCAAGUUUGUUCAAUGGGGAAAACCAACAAUGAUUGAUGCUGAGAGAAGACUUCUAGCAAAUGCAUUACUCGACUUCUCAAAUCAAAGGUUCGUAUUACUAUCGGAAUCAUGCAUUCCUCUAUUCAAUUUCACUACCAUCUACAAUUACCUCAUGAAUGCCAACGGAAGUUUCCUUAGUUCAUUUGAUGACCCAAGGAAAAUAGGUCGUGGGAGAUACAACAAACGUAUGGGUCCCACAAUAACGUUAAAAGAUUGGCGUAAAGGUUCCCAAUGGUUCGAAGUUAACCGAGGGCUCGCUCAUGAAAUAAUCUCUGACAAAACGUAUUUUCACGUGUUCCAAACUCAUUGUUUGCCACCUUGUUAUAUGGAUGAACAUUACUUACCUACACUAGUAAAUAAGAUUCGUCCUGAUUUGACCACAAAUACAACUGUGACGUGGACAGAUUGGUCUGGUGGUGGGUCCCACCCUAGGAUGUUUAUGAAAAAAGAUAUCACAAAAACGUUUAUAAAUGAGGUUAGAUACGGGUCCAAUUGUACUUAUAACGGUGUUAAUAGCAAGAUUUGCUUCGUAUUUGCUAGGAAGUUUCAUCCGAGCACUUUAGACCCAUUGCUAAAGAUGGCCCCAAAGAUAUUUGGGUUUAGCCCAUAA